CCGUAAUUUUGUAAUUUUUUGGGCGAACGCGCACCCGCAAUAUGCAGCAAUGCUGCGUGUGUGUGUGUGCCUGCACAGGCUGCAGUGCCCAUGCCCCAUGGUUCAAUGCUUGGGCCCGGGGCUCCCCAUCCUCGCAAGGAGCCGCACCCUUGAUUCCACUUUGAUAUAGGACAGGUGAUGCAGCCUGUUUAGGAUAGCACUCGACAAACGCUGCUCCGAUGUUCUAUGCGCUAUGCACCCGGGUAUGCACGCGUUCAUUAAUAUGAAGCGACCAUUUGUGUUCCCCUCGUCGGGAGGCUUCUGACAGCUGGAACAGGCGUGGCAAGCCUGCCAGUCGCAGCACCAACGAGCGCUUCAAUCCGGCUUCCUCCAAGCGUCUGUAGGGACUAUGCUUCUGGCGUGAUUGUCUGCGAGUCUACUUCGGUUCAAUUGUUCCUCUUUGUCUCGGGCAAUCGGUAAGCGGUAUGGAAAGUUCGGCUGGUCUGUUAGCUGCUUGGAACAUGACAAAAUGGCAGUGCGGUGUUGACCUGCUGCUUGUGUCACCAGCUUAGAAGACUUUGAAAUUAGCAGUAUGGGACGGUGAUACGGCUAGGAGCUCUUGCGCUUUCAUCUGAUGCUGUCCUCCGUGAUGCAGGACGAGUACCUUGGGGACACCGCCUCAACGGUGCCGUAGAAGAAGACCCCCUGCCUGGGCAAUGUGGGCAUGGAUCAUGGGCUCACAUCAGAGAAGGCCACCGAGAUGAAGCCAGCCCCCUCCCCUCUUCCCCCUGCCCCCCUGCCGGACGAGGCCCUGCAGUGGUUGCUGCCCCUGGACUUUCUCCCCCGCGCCGCCGGCGCGGCGUGGCGCUGGCAGUGGCCGCCUGGCGUGGAGUAUGCCCUGCGUGCCCUGGCGGCGGGUCCUGCCACCAGCGGGGUGGCGGCGGGGGUGGCCCUUGGGGAGGCCAUCCAGGACAUGCGCCGCGAGCUGCGCCUCGGCCGCUGCCAUGGCAGCCUGCACACUGGUCUCCACACUUUUUUCCACCAGGUGCUCCCCCCCGCCGCCGCCGCCUCGUUCUUCCUGUCCACCCUCCCCGGCAUGGCGGUGCUGGCGCUGUCCCUUCCUGCGGCCCUGCAAGCGCAGCACGCGGCAGCGCUGCAGGGCCACCCAGCCGGCCGCCACUCCCCCCUGCGCAUUCUGCCGGCGCAGCAGCCAGGCCUCGUCAUGCUCACCCAGGAGCUGAUUGCGGCGCUGCUGGCGUGCAGCUUCUUGUGCCUCUUCCCUACGGGGCCACGCACGGACGAGAUGCUGCCGGCCAUCAACUGCGACCGCCUCUUUGGGUUGCUGGUGCGGGGCGCCCCCUCGCAGGCGGCCAAGGUGCAGUGCCUGGUGCACUACUUUGGGCGUGUCACACAGCAGCCCCCUCGCGGCACGGUCACCUUCGAGCGCAAAGUGCUGCCCCUGCCGGGCAGCCCCGGGGAUCCCCCCGCCCCCCUCCCCACCAGCGAGGACUGGGCCGCCAGCACAGCUGCACUCUGCCCCCUCCAGGUUCUGGACGGCGGCACGAUUGAGGAUGACGGCGCAGCCUACCUGCAAGUCGACUUUGCCAACGCCUUCCUUGGGGGCGGCGUUCUGGGUGCCGGCUGCGUGCAGGAGGAGAUCCGCUUCAUGCUGUGCCCCGAGCUGCUGGUGGGCAUGCUCUUCCUGCCCGCCCUCGCGGACAAUGAGGCCAUCGAGGUGGUCGGCGCGGAGCGCUACAGCGCCUACACCGGGUAUGCGGACACCUUCCAGUUUGCGGGGGACUUCGUGGACGCAACGCCGCGUGAUGCGCUGGGGCGGCGCGCUACGCACCUGGUGGCCAUUGACGCGCUGGCCAACCCGGGAACAAGGCAGUGGGCCUCGCAGCACAGGCUCAGGGAGGUUAAUAAGGCCUUCUGUGGAUUCCUGGACCACGCCCCCCGGCGCGGUUGGGUCCAUGACCCAGGGGCCCUUGCCAGCCCUGCCGGCGCGGCCAACGAAGGUGCACCGUCCACCAGCCCCGAAGGUGGGGCCAGCACGUCGGGCGCUGCAGUUGGCAUGCUGGAGGGGGCACAAAGCGAGGCCGUGCCGGCAGCGGGAAGGGGGGUGGCGACUGGCAACUGGGGGUGCGGUGCAUUUGGGGGUGACGUGCAGCUGAAGGCGCUGCUGCAGUGGAUGGCGGCCACGCAGGCGGGGCGACCGCAGCUGCUCUACUGCUCCUUCGGGGACGCCAAGGCCGCACGCCUGGCGCAGGUGGGCGCGUGGCUGCGGCGCGAGGGGUGGGCCGUGGGCGAGCUGUGGGCCAUGUUGCACGAGUACGCGCAGCGGCGCACCAACGACGACUGCCCCGACGACCUCUUCCAGUGGCUCCUGCCGCAGCAACCCAGGACGUGACAUCAGCGGGCAAGCCUGAUCUACAGGGUUGUAGUACGGGGUUCAUGACAAAGACAGGGGGCGUCUGUACGAAGCAGUAUGAUACAUUGAGUUGGAC